AAAAGUUCAACACUAUCAACUUCUCGCAGCAGGCGGCAUGGCGAUUCAAAAAAAGCACGGCAAAGGCCGUCUUGAUAAAUGGUACAAGCUUGCUAAAGAAAAGGGUUAUAGAGCAAGAGCGUCUUUUAAACUCAUACAGCUGAAUAAGAAGUAUGGCUUCCUCGAAAAGAGCAAGGUCCUGCUGGAUCUUUGCGCUGCGCCUGGAUCUUGGUGCCAGGUUGCUGCUGAGGUCAUGCCGGUAAACAGUUUGAUUGUUGGUGUUGAUCUUUCUCCCAUUAAACCAAUCCCAAAAGUUAUCACUUUCCAAAGCGACAUUACUACCGAAAAGUGUCGAGCGACGAUUAGACAACAUUUGAAGACUUGGAAAGCAGAUACAGUUCUUCACGAUGGUGCUCCUAACGUAGGAACAUCUUGGAACCAGGAUUCGUUCAACCAAGCCGAACUGGCUUUGCAGUCGUUGAAGCUCGCCACAGAAUUCUUGAUUGAAGGAGGCACGUUUGUUACCAAGGUCUUCCGCUCCAAGGAUUACAACCCCUUGCUUUGGGUUCUAAACCAACUUUUCGAGAAGGUUGAGGCUACGAAACCUCCCUCGUCGCGAAACGUCUCAGCAGAAAUUUUUGUUGUGUGUCUGGGCUACAAGGCUCCGAAGCGCGUCGAUCCACGCUUUCUCGACCCCCGUUCUGUAUUUGCCGAACUUUCUGGAGUACAAUCGAAUAACGAAGCCAAGGUUUACAACCCUGAAGUGAAGAAGAGAAAGAGAGACGGCUACGAAGAAGGAGACUACACACUAUACAAAGAGGUUCCUGCCAGCGAGUUUAUCCAAACUAUGGACCCCAUUGCUAUUCUAGGCACUUGCAAUAAGCUUACCUUUGAUCAGCCACUGAACGGCGAUGUGGCGCUGGCUGCAUUAGAUAAGCUUCCAGAUACCACGCUUGAAAUCAGAGAUUGCUGUGCCGAUCUCAAGACGCUAGGCAGGAAGGAUUUCAAACUACUUCUGAAAUGGAGAACGAGAGUUAGAGAAAUCUUUGGGUUUGCAACGAAAGAAUCGACUGCAGCACAGCAAGAGUCGACCGAAGUAGUGGCCGUGGAACCAAUGGAUGAAGAAUUGCGCAUUCAAGAGGAUCUACAAGCGAUGAAGGACAAGGAGAGCUCGAAGCGGAAGAAGGAACGACGCAAAGAGAAUGAGAAGAAGCAAAAAGAAAUUGUUCGCAUGCAAUUGCAUAUGAUCAGCCCGAUGGAUAUCGGUCUCGAAGAGGCCGGCCCUAUUGGCGAGGGUGCCAUGUUCUCGCUCAAAAAAGCUGACACGUCAGAUGCCAUGCGCAGACUUAACAAGGGCAAAAUGGUUGUUGCAAAAGAGGAACCGCAGCCACUGUGGGAGGGGAUUGACAGCGAUGAUCAAGAGAGUGAUUCGGAGGAAGAUGAACUGGACCGUGCACUAGACAACAUGUACGACCAGUACAAGGACAGAAAGCUCGAAUCAGACGCCAAGUACAGAGCAAAGAAAGCGAGAGAACAACGCGGUGACGAUGAAUGGGAGGGCCUUUCUGGAAGCGAUAAAGAAGACGACGAUUCCGAUUCAAACUUGGAAGAAGAGUCGUCUGAUGACGACGAUGAAGACGAAGGUGUUAAACCGACUAGAAGUUUGUUGAUGGAUCUUGAUUCUACAGAAAACAGCGACCAGGGCCAGGGCCUGUCUAAGCGUGCUGCUGCGUUUUUUGAUCAAGACAUUUUCAAAGGCAUUACGACAGGUGCUGCACCUGCGACUCAGGGUGUACAAGAGAAUAAAGAAAAGAUCAGGAAUAAGGAAAAGAGCUCCCCCAAGCCUGAGAUUCAAAAGCGCGUGGCAGUUGAUGGCUCUGAUGGCUCUGACAACGACGGCGACUAUAGCAUGGGCCAAAACGAUGAUAACGACUCCGAGUCUGAUUGGGAGAAAGACGACGCGCGUACCAAGGACGGCAAGAUUGACAUCGACAUUGUUACUGCAGAAGCCAUGACGCUAGCACAUCAGCUAGCGACUGGCCAAAAGACUACUGCUGAUACCAUUGAUGAGGGAUACAACAAGCACUCUUUCAGAAACAGUGACGGCCUCCCCGACUGGUUUCUUGAUGACGAAGGUAAACACGAUAAGCGUCUAAAGCCUAUUACCAAGGCAGCUGCGCAGGCCAUCCAAGAGAAACUUAGAGCUUUCAAUGCCAGACCGAUCAAGAAGGUACGCGAAGCCAAAGCACGAAAGAAGUACAAGGCUGCUCGCAAGUUGGAGAAGCUUAAAAAGAAGUCUGAUGCCUUGGCUGCGGACGAAGGAUUGACGGAGAAGGAGAAGGCAGAGACGAUUGGCCGUAUGAUUGCCAAGGCCAACAAGCCUAGGCUUCGCCAACCAGCGCGCCUGGUUAUUGCUAGAGGCGCCAACAAGGGUAUCAAGGGUCGCCCCAACGGUGUCAAGGGCCGAUACAGAAUUGUUGAUGCAAGAAUGAAGAAGGAAUUGAGGGCACAGAAGAGGAUAGCCAAGAAGAAGAAAUGAGCUGUACACAUACCCGGGAAAAACAUGAGCAUGAUUGUUUUAUAUUAUACUGUAUCUAGACAAGUUUGGCGAAGAAAUGAUGUUAAUGGAUAGAGCGUCCCCGAAAACUCC